CAAGGGCCCGCAGGGGUUCAUCCCACGGUCGCUCGCUUCUGUUUGUGAUGUCGCGCUCCGAUGGCGGCCCGAGUGCGUACCAGGCGGCGAUGGCCCGCGAGCAGGCGCGGCUCGACGCCGCGCGCAAGCGCAGCUUGCACGAAGCGUCAGUGCACGGCGAGGCGCACGAUGAUGUCGAGUCGGCUUGGGACUCGGUUUUCGACGCGCAAAAGUCGGAGGUCGGCCCGUCCGAGGCGGAGGCGGCGCGGGCGCGCAAGCUGGCGCGUAAGACGGAGAAGCGUAAGGAGAAGGCGGCGAAUCAGGCGGCCAACGCGGCCAACUGGUCGGUGUACGUGUGCGGCAUCCCGACCGAGGUGUCGCACACGGCGGUGCAAAACCUCUUCUCCAAGGCGGGCGAGGUGAAGCGCGUCAAGCUGUACAAGGACGGCCGCGGCGAGAACAAGGGCGACGGCAUCGUGACGUUUGCCUCGGGCGGGGCGGUCAAGGCGGCCCUCGAGCCGGGCCGCGAGUGGGCGCUCUUCGGCGAGCACCUCUCGGUCGCGCCGGCCACGUUCGACGACAAGCCGAAGGUGGCCGAGUCGGACUGGGGCCGGAUCGCCGUCGUCUGCGGCAUGUUCACGCAGGAGCAGCUCUCCACGUCGACCGACGCGAAAGAGAUGAUCCGAGGGAUCGAAGAAGAGGCGUGGCUCGAGUGCGCGCGCCACGGCCGCAUCGAGCGCGUGCAGUGCUUCGCCGCCGACGCCGCGUGCCCGGUCGUCCUGCGCUUCGAGGCCUCCUCGGCGGCGGCAGCGUGCGUCGACAGCAUGAGCGGGCGCUACUACGACGAGCGCCAGCUAGAGGCGAGCCUCUACGACGGGCACCGCAAGCGCGUGAUGCCGGACGACGUCGACAUCGAGCGCUCUGUCCGGCUCGGCGCCGUCGUCGCGGAGCGGCGCGCGGAGCAGGAGCGGGAGGCGGCGGCGGUGGCGGCGGCGGCCGAGGCGGAGAAGGAGCGGGUGGCGGCGGAGGCGGCGGCCGAGGCGCUGGCGGCGGGCGAGGCGGCGGCGGCGGAGGCGGCGGCGGCGGCGGCGCGGGUGCGGCUGCCGCGCCACACGUACGUCAAGCUGGUCGGGCUGGUGAGCAAGCCGGAGAAGAAUGGCGCGGUGGGUGUGGUGGAGGGGGUGGACGAGGGGAGCGGGCGGUACACGGUCAAGCUGCGCGAGGGCGGCGCGCUCGCGCUCAAGCUCGCCAACUUGCUUCAGAUGGCCGAGGUGAGGCUCGUCGGCCAUCUCGGGCCAUCUCGGGGAAUCUCGGGGAAUCUCGGGGAAUCUCGGGGAGUCUCGGGGGAUCUCGGGGAGUCUCGGGGGAUCUCGGGGGAUCUCGAGAUGGGAGGCCUGUAGACAAGAAACACAGAUCGAUCCUGGUUUCUUCUUCCAGGUGAGGCUCGUCGGCCUCGCGGCGUCGAUGGCAGAGCACGAGGGCGCCACUGGGACCAUCUUCGAGCGGAACGCAGAGGCGGAGAUGUACGGCGUCGAGCUGGCGAGCGGGCAGAGCCUGCCGGUGGGGUACGCCAACGUGCGGCUUGCGGACGGCGCCCACGGCAUCGUCGACGGGCUGCAGGGCGCCGCGCAGUACAACGGGCUCGUCGCGCGGGUGCUCGAGUUUGAGGAGUCGAGCGGCCGCUACCUCGCGCUGCUGGACGGCGGGAAGCAGCUGCGCUU